AUGGGCUCAGUGAACAGCGAAAAUAAGAAAAAGGACAGCCACGAUGAAGUCGCGGUUGAACUGCAACCAUUUGAAAAGAUUGAUAAAAAUCUUUUACCAGAGCCUGACAUGAGCAGAGAGGAGCGCGCGCGGUUUGGAAAAGGCCUUGGUUUGGAAGCUCGAUAUGCGACUCCUUCCCUUGAUGAUGCUUAUCUCUAUUUGGACCGCAACAAUAUUGCGACUGCCCGACUAGGAACUCUUGAAAAAGAUCUUGGGCUUGAAGGUGACCAGUACAACAUGGUUAUCAGUGAGCAUCCUUGUCAAUCCAGGUUGCUCGAGCUCAUGGAUUAUAGGUCUAUUCUUCGUUGGUUAUAUCUAGACUCAGAUCCCUACCAAUAUGAUCUUGAAUAA